UGGGUCUAGAUGCGGCUGGGAAAACAACAAUUUUGUACAAGUUGAAGCUCGGUGAAGUUGUCACCACAAUCCCAACGAUCGGCUUCAAUGUGGAAAUGGUAGAAUAUAAGAACAUCAGCUUUACUGUAUGGGAUGUCGGUGGACAAGACAGGAUUCGCCGACUCUGGAGGCACUACUUCCAAAAUACUCAGGGUUUAAUUUUCGUUGUUGACAGUAAUGACCGUGAGCGAGUAAAUGAAGCUGCAGACGAAUUGAAACGAAUGCUUUCAGAGGAUGAAUUGCGGGACGUGGUCAUCUUGGUUUUCGCCAACAAGCAAGAUCUUCCUAAUGCCAUGUCUUCCGCGGAGCUCACGGACAAGCUGGGCCUGCGGGAAAUUCGGAAUCGACCGUGGUUUAUUCAACAAGCGUGCGCCACCCAAGGACAAGGACUUUUCGAAGGUCUAGAUUGGCUAUCGAAUGAAGUAUCCAAACGCCCAUAAGACCACCAUGAAUUUGAUCUCUUGUAAAUUGUUUUCUGCCCGUUUUUUCACACUACGAUUCCCGGUCUAACUCCUUCACAUGUCCGCACUGUGGCGUGCAACAUCCGUUUGAUUCCACAGAUGAACGAUUAUGAACCGCUAUUUUGAAAUCCUUGUGAUAAGUGUUCCCUUACCAUGCUUACCAGGUAGCGUGCUUGGCUUGUUGUAUUUCUGAUCCGUUUAUUGGGGGACGAAAUAUUCUUGUAAAGGAAUUUCACAUGAAGUGGUUCGAUUGUCUGUCGCGUUGGCUUUUUCGAAUCAGCUACCCACACACAUUGUGUUGCUUCUGCGUUCGCCCUUAAUGUCGCACCGGAGAAAACAAACUAAGUAGGUCUCUCUUCCGCAUUUUGGUCGUUGGGUGGUUAAAAUUGACCAGUCUACCUUUUCGUCUCGCUCCUUAGUAAGACCUUGA